AUGGCGCAAUCAGAGAACGUCGUCCUCGUAACUGGUGCGGCAGGCUGGUUGGGCAGCUUGGUAUCAAGGGCGCUGACGGAAGAUCCAAAAACGCCCGACGUGCGUCUGAUCCUCGCCGAUGUUGUCGAGCCCAAUGCGCCGUCCGCAAACGCGAUCGUGCUCAAAACAGACUUGACGGAUCCGAGCCAGGUCACCGCGUUGUUCCAAACAGCAUACGGGGUGCCCGACACGGUGUAUUGUCUCCACGGGAUCAUGUCCCGUGGGUCAGAGGACAACUUUGACCUCGGGCUACAGGUCAACGUCGAGUCCAUACGAUCUGUGCUGGAUGCAGCGCGCCAUUGCGGCGCCGCCGUAGGCCGUCCGAUCAAAUUCAUCUUCACGUCAUCACUCGCGGUAUACGGUGGUACUUUGCCUGACGUGGUGACACCCACCACGAUUGCGACGCCCGAGAGCGCGUACGGCACUGGCAAGCUGAUAUCAGAGCUGCUCAUCAACGAGUACACACGGCGCGGGUAUAUCGAUGGGCGCAUCCUCCGCCUCCCAACGAUCGUCGUCCGCCCCGGUGCGCCCUCCGCCGCCACAUCAUCCUUCCUCUCCGGCAUCAUCCGCGAGCCGCUGCACGGCAAGCCGUCUGUCUGCCCCAUCGGCGACAGCCUGGACUCACCCGCGCUCGAGCUCGCGGCGUGGCUCGCGAGCCCGACGACGACGAUCCGCAAUCUCGUGCGUGCGAAGCACGUCCCCGUCGCUGCGUUUCUCCCGCAUACGCGCGUCGUGUGCGCGCCCGGGUUCACCGCGACCGUCCGCGAGAUGCUCGCCGCGCUCGAUGCAGUCGGUGGGAAGGAGGCUCUCGCACGCGUCAACUUCAAGGACGACCCUGUCAAUCGCCGUGUCGUGAGCUCGUGGCCGGCGCGCUUCGACAAUACGUAUGCGCUUGGGCUGGGAUUCACCGGGGAUCAAGGGGGGAUGCGGGCGGUGGUGGAGAGCUUUGCGGAGGAGGUAAAGGCGGGGCGGGCGUAG